CCCUCCACGAACGCACAGAGUCAGCUGCCCUUAUACCCUCCCCAUGCCGGUGAUUGUUACCCCCUUGCAGGAGCUUUUCAGCGUUCAGGAUCCUACUCGCAGGCAGUUAGUUACCCUUUAGCUGUAGGUGAUGAGUCUGACUUGGCGUUUCAUAGAGCUGUAUCGUACUCUCCUGUAACUCACGAAGCUAGCGCUUGUGGGUUAGGUUACGGCAGUGAUGAGGUCAACAUGGACAGUAGCUCGUUCUACUCCUUCGUCAUUGUCGUAAGUUUAUCUAUAAAGAUCACUUGUAGACACCUCCCCAGUUGCCUUUUCGUCUCCAUCUCAUAUCCUACAGCGACAAUCGGCCUUCCAGUUUCUUCUUUCACCAGGCACUUCACUCGGUAUUUCCAUUCUCAUACGCUGGUCGUAGUCGCUGGUCGCAUAAUCUUUUUAUACUCUUAAUAUUUUUUUUUUAUUUUCUACCGAGUCCUAAGAGCAAGUCCCUGGUGGUCGUUGCUACAACUUUUUCAACAUGGUCAACUACAACUUUCUCAUGUUCGCCGGCCUGGCUGCCGCUCUUCCGCUUAAUAUCAACUUGGGGGCGUACUCCCCUGCCUUGGUAGUUGGUGAUGGUGAAAUAAGCUUCGGAGGUAAACAGGACGUCUCAACACUGAUGAAUGCACUUGAAGGCGCUGCGGUUAACGCUGCCGCAGGUGCUGCUUCCAACGCCCCUGUGGCUUCCGCCCCCGCGGCCGGUGAAAAGAAAACAGUUCAAGCUGCCGCUGUUCCCGCUGCUGCUGCUGCUCCUACCAUCGCGCCUACGUCACCGGCUGUCGUACCCACGACCCCCGGAGGCGCCAGCCCGGCGGCAGUCGACACCAGCAACGCUCCCAAGAUUGACCCAACUCUUGCUCAACAAGCCCAGUCCAUCCAGGGCCUUCAAGGCAUGGGCAAGAAGUCGAUCGCCCCUCGCGCUGAGGAGCCGUUUGACGAGAUGGACAUGGAUGAGGAUGAGGAUGACAUCACGGAUGAUAUCACGGAUGCCACGGCCCUUCUGGACAAGAAGAAGAGAGAUCUUGCCGGUUUCGACAGGGCGCUCAAGUUCUCCGAGGCUGCUUUGACCAAGGGCCCCAAGGUCCAGUUGGGCACUGGUGCUGAGGGCUCGGGUGUGGGCAUUAUUGUGGAUAACAAUGCCAGUACUCGACCUGCUGCUGCCGCCGAAAAGAAGAAGAAGCGCGACACCGAUGAAACUACCGCCCCUAGACGCAGGACAAAGGUCACGACUAUGUAUGUCCGGAGGGGUAUUCCUGCUUCCCUCCAAAACAAUGCCGAGCUCUCACCCCGUGAGGUCGCUCACUCCCACAUUGCCAACGUACCCAUCAAGUUCGCUAAGCGCGAUACUGCCACUAUCGCCACUGAAGCGAAGCGGAAUACUAUUGACGCCGUGAACAUGAACGUUGAUACUAGCAGUGAGGGUGUCACCAUGACGUUUGUCGAGACGCUUGAUGAUGAGGAGGUGGAGGAGGAGGAGGAGGAGGAGCAGAGGUAGGCGGGAAUGGAACUGGGAUGAACACGAGAAAAUGAUUGAACAGGAAAAUGGAAAGCCAAAACUCAGGAUGGGUGGAUGAGGAAAACGAACACGGGUACAAAUGUGGAGUUGCGGACAGUCAGUUAUGUAUGUUUUCAGGCGUCGGUUGGUGGGUUGUAUAGGUGCGGAGCGUUUGGUUGGUUGUCUCGUUCGUCAAGUAAUAGGUUGAAGAUACAACACUUAUUUCGGGUGAUCAAGAAUGUGUACGUCUUUCCCGGUCUUCACACUGAUGAGUCUGAUUACGGGACAGAUAUGAGAAGUGGGUACCGAACGAA